CUGGAAGGGGCGGAGUUCAUUUGUCGAGCGCAUGUGAGUGCAAGUUUGUGUGUGGAGAAGUGCAGGUUCACUCAUUUCAGUUCUUGUUCUAAAUAAAUCUACACAAACCGAGUUCAAGGAGGACGAUCUUCUACCUCAAGGAGUUUGAAACCUCACAGUCACACUCAGUGAAAUCAUGUCUGCCUCAGCGGCGAAAGUCACUAAGAAGGAACUGAACUCGAACCACGACGGAGCGGACGAGACCUCGGAAAAAGAGCAACAAGAAGCCAUUGAGCACAUUGAUGAAGUACAGAAUGAAAUUGACAGGCUGAACGAGCAGGCGAGUGAGGAAAUUCUCAAAGUUGAACAGAAAUACAACAAACUCCGUCAGCCAUUCUUUCAGAAGAGAUCCGAACUCAUAGCUAAAAUCCCCAACUUCUGGGUCACAACAUUUGUCAACCACCCACAAGUUUCAGCUCUUCUUGGUGAGGAGGAUGAGGAAGCACUUCACUAUCUGACCAGAGUAGAAGUGACAGAGUUUGAAGACAUCAAAUCUGGCUACAGAAUAGAUUUUUAUUUCGAUGAAAACAUGUAUUUCGAGAACAAAGUUCUCUCCAAAGAAAUUCACCUGAAUGAAAGUGGAGACCCAACUUCAAAGUCAACAGAGAUCAAAUGGAAACCAGGAAAAGAUCUCACAAGUCGCUCCGGUCCGACACCGAGUAAAGCCGGCAAGAAGAGGCAACAUGAAGAACCGGAGAGUUUCUUCACCUGGUUUACCGAUCAUGCCGAUUCAGGGGCGGACGAGUUGGGCGAAGUUAUUAAAGACGACAUCUGGCCAAAUCCUCUCCAGUACUAUUUGGUCCCAGACAUGGAGGAUGAAGAAGGAGAGGGUGAGGAUGAGGAAGAUGAUGAGGAAGGUCUGGACGAUAUUGACGAGGAGGGAGAGGAUGAUGGAGAGGAAGAUGAUGACGAUGGAGAGGAUGAUGAAGGCGAGGAUGACUGAAACCGAAGUCGAGGAGGAAUAUAAUCCCGUAAUUUCCCCAGUCCCACUUCCAAAUCGCUUCUUUGGCUUUUUUUGUUAUUGUUUUUGGGGAGCUAGAUGCUUCGUUUUUUUUUUUUUUUUUUUUUUCUUCAGUUUUGUUUUUUGGUUCUGUGCUUCAUCACAUUUUCCUCUAUCCUGAUCUCGCCAUGUUCAAGUCCCCCUCGAACAGACUCACAAUAGACUGACUGCAAGAUCUUGCCGACAUGGCAUCUCAGUUCCCAAAUGCAUUUCAAGGUUUAUAGCAAAACACUGUAGUUAUUGGCAGUACGCUGUCUGGAGUAGAAUUGCAAGUAGUGUUUUUUCUUUAUUUUUGUUUUUUAAUAAAUAUAUAUAUGUACAAAUAUGUAUAAUUUUCCUUUGUUUUGUGUGGUUAAUUGAACUGAAGCCAUGAAGCGCAGUAAUUGCUAGUUCUCCACGGUUUUGUUACUUUAUUCUUGGUGUUUAAUCAGCAGAUAGACAUCAGUAGUUGUAUCAGUGUUGCCUCUUGUAACCAUGUCUGUUCAGGAGGGUUGAGGAAAGAGGGGUGUGACCACCAUCAUUGUGGGUUUUUGAUUUUUAUCUUGUCUUGUUUUACAGACACCAGAUUUCAAAUCAUUUUUGAUAAAGAAAAUAAAAUCUUCAAAAAAAAAGUCAACAUGCUUGUAACUUUUGACCCCACUGCCUCAUUCAAGUUUUGUUUAGUGGCUGUAUGUACAUCCAUUUAAACCAUGUUUGGGAUUCGUCCAAUGGCAAAGCUAAGAAAAUAAAAGUUUUGUAACAAAGUGAACAAAA